AUGUCCCUUCUUUCUUUCUUUCUUUCUUUCUUUCUUUCUUUCUUUCUUUCUUUGUCUGAUUUUUCCAUCAUGUCUCUUUUUCUUUCUUUGAUUUAUUUUAUAAACAUCCUAAACAUCUUUGUUUAUUUCUUUGUUAAUUUCUUUCUUUCCAGCAUACGACUUUCUUUCUUUCUUUCUUUCUUUCUUUCUUUCUUUCUUUCUUUCUUUCUUUCUUUCUUUCUUGUGAAUGUAUUUCAUUAUUUCUUUUUUUUCCAGCAUAUAUUUUUCUCAUCGUUCCUUCCAGUAUAUAACUUUCUUUCUUUUCCCCUUUCUUUCUUACAUCCUUCUUUACUUUCUUUCUUUCUUUCUUUCUUUCUUUCUUUCUUUUCAGCAUUUUCUUCUAGCAUCUAUCUAUCUAUCUAUCUAUCUAUCUAUCUAUCUAUCUAUCUAUCUAUCUAUCUUUCUUUCUUUCUAACCGUCCAUUCCUUAUUCUAUACGUCUUUCCUUCCGUUCUUUCUUACAAGCAUAUCUCUUUCUUUCUCCUUUCUUUCUUUUUUCUGUUUCUUUCUCCUUUCUUUCUUUUUCCUCGUUCUUCCUUUCUUUCUUUCUUUCUUUCUUUCAUUAUUUUUUCUUUCUUUCAUUCUUUCAUUCUUUCUUUCUUUCUUUCUUUCUUUCUUAAUACCUUUCAUCGUGCAACAAUAUAUCUAUCUAUCUAUCUAUCUAUCUAUCUAUCUAUCUAUCUAUCUACCCCCAUAUACCACGCACAAUCUCUUUCAGUCAAUCGUAAACUAUUUCUCUCUAUCUUUCCAUCUGUCAUUCUGA